GAGAGAGAGAGAGAGAAUGGGCAGCCUUGUCUUGACCCUGAUUUUAGUGUAUUUGCUUUGAAUUUUUCCCCAUUUAAUUUGAUUUUGGCUGCUUGCUAUAUAUUACCUUUAUUAUGUCUAUGUAUGGGCCUUGUAGUCCUGCUCUUUACAGAACUUUUAUCAUGAAGUGGUGCUUGAUUUUAUCAAAGGCGUUUUUUACAUCUAAUUAGAUAAACAUGUUUAUUUUUUUCUUCCAUUGAAUUACAGAGAUGGAUUUAAAUAUGUUGAGUCAUCCCCACAUUCCUGCGAUGAUGCUUACUUGAUCAUGGUGGAUGAUGUAUUUGAUGUGUUCCUGGAUUGGUUUUCUAGUAUUUUAUUGAGUACUUUUCCAUCUAAGUCUGUAAGGGAAAUGGCUCUGAAAUGUUCUUUUUUGUUGGGUCCUUUUGUGGUUUAAGGUAUUAGAGUAACUGUAGCCUCAUAGAAUGAAUUUGGCAAUAUUCCUUCUGUUAUAUUUUGUGGAAUAGUUUCAGGAGUGUUGGAAUGAGGUCCUCUUUGGAAGUCUGGUAGAAUUCCAUGUUACAACCAUCUGGCUCUUGAUUUUUUGGUUGAGAGACUUCUGAUGACAGCUUCUAUUUUAUUAGAGGUUAUAGGACUGUUUAACCUGCUUACCUUAUCUUAAUUUAAUGUUGGCAAGUGACAUAUAUCAGGAAAAUCUUCCAUUUCCUUUUGAUUUUCCAAACUUGUGGAAUACAGUCUUUUGAAAUAAGACCUAAUGAUUCUCUGGAGUUACACUCCCUUUUCAUAACUGAUUUUGUUUAUUGGGAUACUAUCUCUCUCCCUUUUUGUCAGCUUCUCUAGAGCUUUGUCUAUCUUGUUGAUGUUCAAAAAAAAACAGCUCUUGGUUUCAUUGAUUCUUUGUAUUGUUCCCAUUUUUUUCUUUGACACUAACUUCAGCUAUGAGGUUGAUUAUUUCCUCCUGUCUACUCCUCUUAGGUGUUUACUUCAGUCUGUUCUAGAGCUUUUACAUGUACUUUUAAAUUGCUGCUAUGAGAAUUCCUUAAUUCUUUUUAGAAAGGCACUUAAUGCUAUGAACCUUCCUUCUCCUUAGCACUGCUUUCAUUGUGUCCCAGAAGUUUAGGUAUGUUGUCUCUUCAUUUUCACUGAAUUCUAGAAGAUCUAUAUUUUCUUUCUUUAUUUUUUCUCUGACCCAAUGACCACUGAGUCAUUCAGUUUCUGUUAGUUUUAUAGGUUUUCUAUUGUUUCCAUUGUUAUUGAACUCUAGCUUUAAUCCAUGGUGGUCUGAUAAGAUACAAGGGGUUAUUACAAAUUUCUUAUACUUGUUGAGGCUUGCUUUCUGACCAAGUCAAUGGGCAAUCUUGAAGAAGUUUCUGUGAGGUGCUGAGAAGAUGGUAUAUCCCUUUUUGUCUGGGUGAAAAUUCUGUAGAUAUCUAUUGGAUCCAUUUGAUUUGAGCAUCAGUUAGUUUAAUUGUUUCUCUAUCUAGUUUCUGUUUUCAUGACUUGUCUUUUGGUUAGUGUGGGGUUUUGAAGUCUCCUACUAUUACUGUGGAUAUAUUAGUGUAUUAUUUAAGCUUUAGUAAUGCUUCUUUUACAAAUGUAGGUGCCCUUGUAUUUGAAGCAAAAUACUCAGAAUAGAGACAUCAUCUUGGUGGAUUUUUGAUAUGAUAUGUAUCCUUUUACUAUGAUAUGUAUCCUUUCCCAUAUCUUUUGAAUAAAUUCAGUUAAAAUUUUAUUUUAUUAGAUAUUAGGAUGGCUUCUUUCAAUUUGCUUCUUGGGUCCAUUUCCUUGAAAAAGCUAUUUCCAGCCCUUCACUCUGAGCUGCAUCCAUUUUUGAGGAAAAUUAAAGUGAUAAAUGCUGCCGGAGAUGAAAUAAGCUUUGAUGAGAAAAAGAAUAUUAUGGAAACAUAUGAUAUACAGAAGUUUAUUUCAUAUAGUAAGCAAAAUUUAUUAAUACUUAAAGUGGGAGAAUUUGUCUUCAAGAGUCCACAAGACCAAGGCUUUUUCAUCAAUGAAGUUCUGAUUCAAUGGCCAAGCAACUUUAAUCAGACUCCUCAAUCUGUAUGUACACAGAGCUGUGGUCCAGGAUUCUGGAAAGUUCUACAAGAAGAAAGACCCAUUUGCUACUUUUCUUGUGUAUUUUGUCCAGAGUGGCACAUUUCCAACCAGACAGGAGGCCCACUCCAUGAUAAGGAACCUUGAUCCAACAUGGCUUGGGUGGCCAGGAGCCUGAACCUACACAGACCAUGGACAUCAGAGAAAUGUAAAUGCUACAGUUGUGCUAAAGGAGCACAGCCAUACUCACAGAUCAGUGCCUUGCUUGGCCAUCAUAGAAAACUUCCUCCUGCAGCAGAUGGGAACAAAUACAGAGAUCCACAUCCAGUAGAUUCUCAGACAGUGAGGGGCCUUGGACCAUUCCACCCUAAAUGAAAUGUCUCCAGCAAUUCCCUACCCCAAGGGCUCAAGAAACUCUGUGUGCAGAGUGUAAGCAACAGAGGGGAUGAAGGACACGAGGGUAACAAGGUCUUGUAAACACAGCAGGACCAACACACAUAUGAAUUCACCCUGACCCACAAGCUAGCUUUUCUAUCACACUCUCUUGUUGGGGCUACCUUGCCAUGCCACAGGGGAAGAGGAUGCACUGAGUCCUGAUGUGACUUGAUAUGGUGGUGUGGGUGAGUGGGCACAGGGGAG